AUGUUAUCUACCUCCGCGUCUCCACAAAUACCAUCACACCACCACCUCAUCUCCAUGACCAUAAUCAAGUCUCCACCAUCGCCAACACGUCCCUACCACCACCAUCACCACGUUUCUGCUACCACGAAGACUCAACCACCAACACGUCUCCAUCACCGCAUCACAUGGUUUCCACUGCCACGAUGUCAUCACCGACACAACAACCUCCACGUGACCACUGCCACUUCGUCUCCACCUCCAAUGUCACCACGUGUCCACCACCACGUCCAGCCCGUAUCCACUGCCAUCAUGUCUCCACAGCCAACAAAAUGUCUUUAUCGCCAUGACGUCUCCAUUAUCACAAUCACCACGUCACCAACGCCGCCCCGUCUCCACAACCACGUCAGUGCCGCCACCACCACUAUCACUACCGCUACAUCUCUGACACGACCACAAGCUCCGUCACCACCGACACCACGUCUCUAUCGCCAUGACCACUCCACCACCACCACCACCAACACGUCUCCACCACCACCACCACGUCUUCAAAAAGACCAUCACUUCUCCACCGCCACCACGUUUCCACAAACAACACCACCACGUCUCUUUCGGAACUAUGUCCCAACCACUACCACAACUCUUCUCCACCACCACCACGUCUCGAACACCUCCAUGUUUCCACCGCCAUGUCACCAACACGUCUCCACAACCACGUCUCCGACGCCAUCACGUCUAUUCCAGCACUGCCAUCACGUCUCCAAAGCCAGUACGUCCUCUCCACCACCACAGCCACUUCCUUCCACCGACACCAUGUCUUCACCACCAACUUUAUCACUAGGUCCCCAACGCCACCACGUCUCUACACAAUCUACUAUUACGUCUCAUUCCAGACGACGAAUCUACCACCACCACCAAAACGUCUUCACCGCCACCACGUCUCCACCACCACUAUCAACACGCCCUAACCGCCACCACGUAUCCACUGCAACCACUUUCCACCCAUGA